AUGCCAGGCCAAUCAACCAACCAGUCCCACGCCAUUGGCGACAGCAUUGUCCCACAAAAGCUCCAGGAGAAGCUCCCCGAGAGCGUAGAGCGGGCCGUGCCGAAUGCCAUCCAUGAUACCGGCGAUGGAGUAGCGAGCACUCAUGCGACGGGAGACAGUGUUGUGCCUAAAGUAGCACAGGAAGCCGUGCCCAAGAAGGCUGAGGAGGUGUUGCCCGAGAAGGUGCAUCCUACAAACUAA